AUGGCUAAUUAACCAUUUAAAUUAUUUUCAUUUUAGUCACAAGACCCUAAAAUUGAGGGCUCAGACCAAAAUUCAAAGAGGGAUUAAGAAUCUGAGGAAUAAUAAAAAAAUUAAACAAUUCUAAUGCUUUGGAAUACUAAGCCAACUCCUAAUUAUAAACUUUAGUUUUAUAAUUAUUAUUCAGAUUAGGUUGGGGUCGACUUUUCUUUAAAGACAUAUAAUAAAUUCACUCCCUAUCAUAUUCCAAAAUUAAAGCAUUAUUUAAGGUUGUCUUCAAGACUGAUUCCAGAAUAAAUAGAAGCUACAAAAAAUCUAUUUUAUAACUCAUUUAUGUCAGAUCCGUAUGAAUCAUCAAUGAUUAUGAAACCCUAUACAGGUCCAUACUCGACACAACCUGAUUAUCAUUUUUUUAGAAGGAGCUGA